GCUGGGUUGGCUAACAUGAAAACGGUUGACAUGUGAUGAUCAUUUGAUGAAUUUAAAGGUUAUGUGAAACUUGUUUAAAUAAAUUCUUUUUAUAAUUAAUUUUAAUAAAACAGAAAUGCACAUAACGGUGGAAUUUGGGGGUGGUGCUGAAUUACUUUUUGAUAACAAAAAGGUUCACGAUGUAACAUUACCAGAUAAAGAAAAGGAGUGGAUAAUCAAGGAUUUACUUAUUUGGAUUAAAGAUAAUUUAUUGAAAGAGCGACCAGAAUUGUUUUUACAAGAUAAUUCUGUGCGACCUGGAAUACUCGUCUUAAUCAAUGACGCAGAUUGGGAAUUGAUGGAUACUAUUAAUUACGUCAUUCGGGAAAAUGAUAGGAUAUUGUUUAUUUCUACUUUACACGGAGGAUAAUUUUCUUUUAUUUUGUUAUGUAAUAAAUGAUUGUUUAUGA